CUCACUUCCAUAACCUUCGUCUAUAGGGCAGCUAUCCUGGGAAUUACAAGCACUAGCCACUUCACCUCUUCCCUCUUGGCUGUGGGGACCCAGCUAAGUCACAGAGCACUGAGGCUGCCUGAGGGGCCUGAGCCUGGUCCUCGGGACUGGGCUCUCUGCCUGCUGCCUGGCAGCCCGCCGCAGCCCACUCACCAUCUCCACACUCCUCCGCAGAAUGAGUGCCCUCGAUGGUGUCCCUUUCAAGGUGUCCAAGGGCUUUGUGAUAAGCACAGAGCUUCUGCCUGGGCCAGAACUCAGUGUCCCAGCCUGCAGGGAGCUUCUGCUGGGUUCCAUGCACGACUUCAGCCUGGAGAAGAGGACUCUCUUCUGGGUGGAGGCUGUCGUCCGGGGAUCCUGCCGGUUCCAAUGCGAUGCCCCCGGGACAGCUUCAGCCCCUCCUGCCUGGUACUUGCUGGUUAGCCCAGAAUACCGGCCGGUGCCUGCGCCGGCCGCAGCCAAAGGCCCUGAGGCUGGGCCCCAGGAGCAGCUGGAGGAUGAGAAGGGAGAAGAGGAAGAAGCCUCCCCUGCCAGGGAGGAAAAGCCGGGUCCUUGCAGCCCCCAGGCCAGCGCUCCCGCAAGCCCCAGCUCAGGCUAUCACCGGCGCUCGCUGGACAUGCUGCGCGGCGUGAGGUUGGAGCUGGCGGGUGCCCGGCGAAAACUCUCGGAGGGCAGGAUGGCCUCUUGUCCCCGCGCCCUCCUGCAGCGCAUCCGCCACCGGGCGCUGAGCCUCUGCCCCAGCCCCGAGCCUCCCCAGGGCCCCGCGCCCCCGCUCCCCAGUGCACCCGCGCCGCCUCCGCGGCCUUCCACGGCCGGUGCCAUGCCCCCGCUGCGGAGCCACAAGCCCACGGUCGCGUCCCUCAGCCCAUACACCUGCCUGCCACCUCUUGGGCGGGAGCCCCAGCCUCUCAUCGCCCACAGACCGCAUCCUGCUUCAGCCGACCUGCUGUCUGCCCUCAGCCAGGAGGAGCAAGACCUCAUUGGGCCAGUGGUCGCCCUGGGGUACCCCCUGCACAGGGCCAUUGUGGCUCUGCAGAAGACGGGGCGGCAGAGCCUGAGCCAGUUUCUCAGCUACCUGAGCGCCUGUGACCGGCUGCUGCGGCAGGGCUACGAGGAGGGCCUGGUGGAGGAGGCCAUGGAGAUGUUCCAGUUCUCUGAGAGCCAGGCUGGGGAGUUCCUGCGCCUCUGGGAACAGUUCAGUGACAUGGGCUUCCAGCAGGACCGGAUCAAGGAGGUGCUGCUGGUCCAUGGCAACCACCGUGAGCAAGCCCUGGAGGAGCUGGUGGCCUUCGCCCAGUGACGACCGGGGCACUCUGCAAAUGCCUGGGCAUCCCAGACCUGCGCUAAACCCAGCAAUCCAUCCUAACUGUGGACGACAUGAGAAUAACAAAGUGAUGCAUAUUCAUUACAAAAUGCAAACAGUACCAAGGGUGGGAGCAAAUACUACAGGGGAGGCAACACUUGGCACCUUAGGUUUUCAGCUAGACCAAUCAACGAGAGAAACCAGCUCACUGACACACGGAGCGCACGUCACAUGGGAGGAACCUCAGGGAAAAGUAGCUCAAAGCAGCAGUUUAGAGCUCUGGCUUAUGUAGCACCAACAAAGAACAAACUUGUAGAGAGAUAAAAGGACACAGGAAAUCGGUUUUAGGCUUCUGAGAAUGGCAAGUUCUUGGAAGGUAAACAUGGGAGGGAACGAAUGGAGUAAGGUUCGUCUGCAGAUUCAUUCCUCUGGCGCAUCUCUGGGAGGACACAAGCCUGUUUCAGGGAAAGGAGGGUUUGUAUCCCACCUUCAGACAGAAAAGGGCAGUGAGAACUUUUCCUGCAUUUGCUGCUUCAUUGCCUCCAGCUCAGAAUAAUUUUCAUGUCAAAGGGGCAUAUUUUGGGGUGAGAUUCUGGUCUCUAUCAGUGCCAAAAGAAUCGGCUAAAACAGUUGCCUGUGGGGAGGGGCAGAUGGGAGGGCGUGGACAAGGAGCUGUGUUUUCUUGUGUAAGCCUUGUAAAACUACCUUUGCUUGAUUCUUUAAACUGUGUGCAUUAGUAACUUUGCUUUUGAGAAAAUUAAAACAAAGAAGAAAUGAUGGACAAUUCGUUGGGGUCCCGUGGGCUCCUGGUCUAGCUGUGGGAAGAACACCUAACUGUGGGGCCAGAGGUCUCGUUCCUGGUUGUGGGUCUGCUGAUGACUGGCUCCGUCUCCCCGGGAAAGCCGAGCCGGACCUGGCUGCUGUUCACAAGAAUCCCCAGGGGAGCGUGUUAAACAGUCCCAGGCCCCACUUCUGGGUAAUCUGACUCAGAAAGUUCAGCUUGGUAGCCCCUAAGGAUUUGUUUUGUUUUCACAAGGAGCUCUCUGGGGAUUCUUUUUUUUUUUAAAUUUGCUCUUUGUCAUUGCUGAUUGAUUGCCUUUACUCAUUUCUCUCACCCCAUGCCACCUCCUGGCCCCACCUCUGGCAACUGCUAAUCUGCUAUCCAUAUCUAUGAGUUUGGUUUUUUAUUUUUAGAUCCCACGUAUGAAAUCAUACAGUAUUUAUCUCUCUCUGACUAACAUUUCAUUUAGCAUAAUGCCCUUGAGGUCCACCCAUGUUGUUACAAAUGGCAAGAUUUCAUUCUUUUUUUAUAAGUGAAUAAUAAUUAUACACAACUAUUAUAUAUAUGACAUAUGUAUAUGUCACUAUUUCUUAUUCACUUAUUUAUUUCUCCCCUGAGGACAUUCUUAUUGAUUUCAGAGAGAGGGUAAGUGAGGGAGAAGGAGGGAGAGAAACAUCGACUGGUUGCCUUUUGUAACGGGACCAGACCCACCCCCUGGGCAUAUGUCCUGAUGGGGAAUCGAGCCCAAGACCUUUCCGUUUGUGGGAUGACACCCAACAAACUGAGCCACACUAGCCGGAGCCACAAUUUCUUUAUCCAUUCACUUAUUGAUUUAUUGAUAGACACUUAGGUUAUUUCCAUAUCUUGACUAUUGUAAAUAACACUGCAGCGAAUAUGGGGUGUAUAUAUCUUACUGAGUUUGUGUUUUUCUUUUUCUGGAUAAAUCCCGGAUUUGAGAUUGCUGGAUUGUAUGGCUUUUCUAUUUUUAAUUUUUGGAGGAACCUCCAUACUAUUUUCCACAGUGUCUGUGCAGUGUGCAUUCCCGCCAACCGUGCGAAGGGCUCCGCUUUCUCCACGUGUUUGCCAGCACUCACUUCUCGUCUUUUCGACCGCAGCCGCUCAAACAGGUGUGAGGCGACACCUCCCUGGAGUUUUGAUUUGCAUUUCCCUGGUGAUUAGUGAUGCUGAACAUCUUUUCAUGUAUCUUUUGGGCAUCUGUAUGUUCUUUGGUAAAAUGUUUACAUAGAUCUUCUGCCUAUUUUUCAAUCCGAUUUUUUUGCUAUUGAGUUUUCUUUAUAUAUUUUUUAAUAUUAAUCCUGUAUCAGAUAUGUGGUUUGCAGAUAUUUUCUCCCAUUCAUUGCGUUGCUUUUCAUGUCUUUGGUGGUUCCCUUUGCUGGGCAGAAGCUUUCCAGUUGGAUGUCGUCCCACUUGUUUAUUGUUGCUUUUGUUGCUCUUGCUUUUGGUGUCAAGUGUAAAAUAUUGCCAAGAACUAUAUCAAGGAGCUUACUACCUAUGUUUUAUUCUAGAAAUGUUAUGGUUUCAGGCCUUCCAUUUACGUCUUUAAUCCAUGUGUGAGUUAAUUUUUGGGUAUGGAGUAAGACAGUGGUAGAAUUUCAUUCUUUCUCAUGUGGCCGUCCAGUUUUCCUGGCACCAGUUUCGAAGAGACUGCCCUUUUGCCACCAUACAUGUUCUUGUCUCCUCUGUCAUAAAUUAAUCAACUACAUAUGUGUGGGUUAUUUCUGGGCUUUCUACUCUGGUCCAUUGAUCUAUGUGUCUGUUUUUAUGUCAGUAUCUCUUGGGAUGUGUAUGCACUGUAUGGGCCCGUGGCUAGUGUGUGUGACCCUCAGGGCCAGCCGAUCUGGGCUGCCUGCUGCUCUGACAGCCUGUGGUCCUAUGUCACUCUGUCCUCAUUUGGGGAAUGGGCCAGUUGGAAGCAGAGUUGCCUUCAAUCACCCAGGCCUCCCCUCUGGAGGCCCCAGAGAUGGAGGAACCAGUUUCUAGAGCUGCCUGUGCCUCAGGCAAGCAGAGGUCAGAAGCCAAGAAACUGGUGUCCCUGCCCUUCCCAGCUGGCCCCGUGCAAAGGCCUGCAGCAGUUUCAGCAGAGGGAAAACCUCUCCCCACCUCCACCCAACAAACAGGGCUGGACCGGGAGCAGAAGCCUGUAAAAAAAAACGAAUGAAAUCUUCCACAUUUGUCAUGGCUUCGACCCAGACACCUUGUCUGAGCACGUAGGGAGGAUUUCUGCAGGCCUGCCCAGGCCUACCAGCACAUGUGGGACUAGAACCCAGGUCUCCCAAGGCCCAUCCAACUUCUGGGGGCCUCCCACUAAGCCUCGAUACCUGCCAACUUGAGAUCACAUUAAAAAUAUUCUUUGGCCUUGAAACUUGAUUUGAAUAACUUGCAGCAAUAAAAAACUAUUUUGAGAAAAUCAGCAAAAUGUCGUAAAGUUGAUCAAAAAUAAAAGCACACUUGGAAAAGACCUUAAAAUUAAGUUCAGUUUCUAAGAUGAAACAUUAAAUCCAAAGCUGUUCAUGUUUUGACUAAGGCGAUCUGGCCUCGGCUUGCCACUUUAUGAAGUCCCCUUGACUCGUGGCGGCAGGCGGCAGCUCGUCGUGCCUGGCACAUUCCUGCCCCAGUGUCUCUCCUUUCAUCCUUCUCCCACCUGCCGCAAACCUCCCCACCCCUAGAAAACUGUUGUUUGAUUAAAAAGUGAGACAUCGAGACAUCAUUGUUAGGCCCUGACCGGUGUGGCUCAGUGGGCUGGGUGUCCUCCCGCAAACCAAAAGUUCACCAGUCUGAUUCCGGGUCGGGACCAGGUUCUUGGUGGGGGUGAGCAAGAGG